AUGUUAGAUCUUGGCCGGGCCCUUCGACGUCGAGUCUCAAGGACUAUCUCGUUCCGGUAAAUCAAAGUGGAAUCCACUUUUUAUGGGUAACAUGCUUGUUUAGACGUCCGUCAUUUCGACGACCAAUGACUAGAAAGGCCACAAAUCUGGAGCCCAGUACUCAGGAUGAAGCAGCUGAUCUGGACGAAGAGAGACGGCGCAGAAAUAUCAGGCUAUAUGUUUAUCGUCUCUAUGAAGUUAGAAGGUAAGAGUUGGGACGUAAUUUUUCGACAAAAUUUUUGGUUUACCGAAGGCGUUAGACCAAUUUUUUUGCAUAACUCUUUGCUUUUCCUACGUAACAUUGUGUUAUUCCAGUUGGCUGGCUGAAUGCCUGACCGAAGCGGAUGUGCCCUCUCCCAUCGAGCUGGAAGAGGCCUUGAGGAGCGGAGUUUUGUUGGCUAAAAUUGCCAAUUACUUUGCGCCCGAUUUAGUCCCAUUGGAGAAGAUUUUUGACUUGGAUGAGGUUGGUUGACAUUCAGGACAUUUGACCAUAUUUUAGAGCCGUCUUCACGACGAAGGAUUUCAUUAUCGACACACGGACAACAUAAAUCUCUGGCGAAAAGCGUGCUUAUCUGUGCGUAUCAAGGAUGUACGUUUUUGUAAUAAACAACUGUUUGAACGUUUUUAAUUUCGGGGUAUUUCUUUUUUUAGAUUGUCCUCCCAGACCCAGUCGAUGUCUAUGCUGGACGGAAUAUCAAGACCGUUCUCGCUUUGGUGACUCUGGCCAAUCAAUUGUACAGACUUCGGAAGUCUCCUCCGAUUAGAGAUCAGACGGGAAACGUUCGUUUUACUGGUGAGUUCGUAUGAGGAAAUUGAUUAAUUUAAUUUUUUUCAGAAGAAACCUAUAAAAUUCUUGGCUCAAAAGUCGGCCUGGCAAAUGGAAACUUUGCACUUGGUCCCACUGCAGCUCAGGCCAUUGCUUUGCCAGAUGAACCUUCAGUGGAAAUGAUUUUAAAAAACUUGCGGGCUUGUAUUUUGGAAAAUGUAGGAUUACCUUAUUCUAUCAACUUUGAGUAAUAUAUUUCAGGAUUUGGAGGGAUUUAUAAGACUUUUCACUUCCAACAAUUUCAUAGUUCAUGUUGAUCAGGAUUAUAUGUCGCAAUAUUUUGAGGUUUUAUCGACAAUGUUGAGUAUGAAUGCGGGUGAUAUUGGAUUGGAUGAUGUUCAAAGAGCGAUUGACGAAGUGAAUAGACGCAACGGUCUCGAGAAACUUCACACUCUGUUAUUGGUAAAAGAAGUGGACCUUAAGGAGCUGGCGCACGUUAUUCUCAGUCUGGAUAUCUGUGACGGCCGGGUCUUGGAGGCCUACCUGCAAGUCUAUCUGAAUGAACUUCGAAUUCUCUCGGAGAAGGAAGAGUUGGAUAUAGCAAGCAUUGAACGCGUUGUAGCUGGUAAAACUUUAUUUUGCUUAAAAGAAGCUUGCGCUUUGCGCAUGGGACAAAAAAUGAGACCUUUCUUGUGUGCAUGGCCUUUCGGUGACGUCAUUUUAUUUGGCCAAUGAAAGGUUCCGUUUCUAAUAGUAUAUUCUUUUCAAGUAGUCAAUGCUGCCGCCGACCUUCGCGAAGCUACGUUAGGUAAACAUCCUGUCCGGAUUUACGAAGCCCUGCGGGAUCCGAAUCUGCAACUGAAGCCAAUUGUUACUCCAGAAUUUUCCGAACGCUAUGCUGAAAACUUAAUCCAGUAUUACUCGAAUGUCGACGCACCUUUGCUUUAUGGCUUUGGUCUUGACGAACUUGUUUUUCAAGCAGAUUUGUUUUACUGUAAGUUUAUAUCAAAUUGUGGGGGUUUGUGGUAUAUUUCAGCUGAUGACAAGUGUUGUAACAAUCAUACAAUAUUUUUGAGAGUUGAGUUGUCUGGAUGUUACUUCCUUACAGAUUUUUCUCAUCUUUUUUUCAGUCCGGACGGCCGUGUUUGAGAAAGAUGGCAACGUUUUAUUGUCCAUUUUGAGACGAUCUUCCGGGCAGUUUGAUGAACGGAACGAGGAUUUCUAUUUGAAUUAUAUUUUUCAUGAGGACGAUCUUCUCCUUGAGCAUGUCUUCUUGCAUCUCGCAGAUGUCGUGAAGGAAGUAAAUUGGAAGGUGGAGACCGAGAAGAAAGUCGCCCUCCGCAGUAAUUUUAAUUUUGUUAAAUUUGUUUUCUUUUCCUCUUUUGAGGCCCAAUUUUUAUUUUCAGUGUUCGCCUUGAAUGAGGGUUUGUUGACAAAUAACCGCAAGGACUUUGAUAAGAUAGUUGAAGACAUCUCCGUCUUGAUUGAAGAGCCAGUGAAGCCAGAUCAAUUACAUAAUCUGUUCAAUUGUAUGGAUGCUGAACUCAUCAGGAAAUCGGAUGGAAAGAAACAGAAACGAUUAUACUGUAUGAAACACGAAUUCGAAUUUGGAGAAUUCAAAGUCGAACAGGUAGAUGAGAAUGGGAACGAAGAGCUGAGGAUUCUUCCUUCUUCCAGUUCCAAUAGCAAUCCUCAGACUUGGCCAUUGGAUGUGACAGAUUUUCAGGUAAUAUCUCUUCUCAUGCCGUGUUUAUGAAACCUAUACUUUCGUAAAUUAUAUAUUUGCCAUGUGCAGAGAUGUGUGGGCAAGGCCCAAAAACGAUUGGAGGAUGAGAAUAUCCUGAUGGAAACCCCUGUCACGCAAGCCCUAAAGACAUUGGGCGACAACGAAGUGCUUUAUGAUCUGAGUAGGCUGUGAAUCCGUGUUUAAUGUCGUAAUAUUGCAGUGAAUGCCUCGGUUCCCGCUCUAAAAUCUGUUAGGAAACUUAUUAGCGUUCUUCAAAAGAAUUCGAAUAUUUACGAUGAAGAGAUUUGUAAGUUAAUGUUUAGAUAAAUACGGGGUUUUAGUAUUGGAGGACCUUAAGUCCCAGGCCCGCAAGGUAAUCGAGCAGAACAUGGACAUGGAUCGGAGACUUCGAGAUACAGAGUUGAACAUUGGUUUACUGCUUAAGAACUUCAGAAGUUUGAAUGUAUGUUCGAUUAAUGCUGGAGAUAAACACAGUUUAGCAUACCCCGGAUCCAAAAUCGGCCAAAAAACAAAAAGAAGACGUGGUUCAGGCGAAUGAGAAAGCCAAGGAAAGAAGUGAUGAAAAGAAAUUUUUCGAUUCCCUCAGCACUCUCUUGUAUUACUUGAGGGUUAACAGCGGAAGAAUGGCUCAUUUUGUGAAAUCCGUGCUUACUCACAAUCCCAGCAAGAACUUCUUCAAACACUUUGGCCAGCUCUAUAAUUAUGGCAGGACUCCAAUGGAAGAAUUGUCAAUGAUGAUUUUCAUCGGUAAUCUGUUGUCCUUCCAUAUCCAAAGCCGUAGAGAAAAGUUCAGCUUUGAUCCUGAUUAUUUCAUUUACUCCGAUUUUAUGAGUGACGUCAUUUGGUAAGUAAAUUUUUUUGAGAGGUAGUUUGUAUUUAGGAGUACAGAAUGUUUCCGUAUUCGCUCAACGCAGGCACUUCGUGAAGCUCUCAAAGAGAUGGCAUCUAUUCAGUUUUCCCUUGAGGUCAGUGCAGGACUUCUUCUGAUGCGAGAUAUUGUAGCUCGUGGACUCCAUAACAUCGAUGAGUUAAUGAAACAGAAAGUGUCUGAUUCUGUCAGAUUGGUCAUAAAAUGGGCUUCAAAAAUUGCAUUCGUUUUUGCUAGCGAUGUGGAAUUGCCGUAAGACUAUUGACUUUAUGCAUGUAUAUUUGUGCUUCAGGAUUGCACAUGAUUUCUUGCUAAGAACGGUGGAAGAAGAAUUAGUUACCUUUAGUGAUAUGGAUCAUCGUAAGGUUUUGCUUCACGAAAGGACCUUGGUCUACGAAUUGGGAUUGGGUCCUUAUUUACGAAUUGAAAGAUUAACUGCCGAACUGCUGGGAUGCGAUGUUAAGUUGGAUGAGAAACACAAGGAAUUCUUAGGCCUUGUUCAGCAGGUUCUCUUUGCAUCUGUUUUCGAAGUAAAUGUAAGAAACGUUUUCUUGGGCUUGCAUCUCUUUCAGGUUGGUCUCCCUGGGCUCUCGGAUUAUCAAGAUGAUUUAGAAAAAAUUGGGCAGGCUUUCCAGUGAGUUAUUUUUGUUUUAUGUCUGACGUUACCCUUACGGGGUCGCCCUUACGGGGUUAGAACGUACGGGGUGAGAACGUAGGGGUGAGCCCUUACGGGGUCAAGGCAAAUUCCGGGUCCCGGAGCAUAAAUAAUUUUGUUUUUUCAAUUACUGACUUAUUUUUAUGACGUAAUAUUGUAAAAUUUUUGAAAAAAAUAGAUGGUUGAAAACUCUGAGGUACUUCCACAGCGUUUGCUAAACUCUUGUUUACAUUUUGCGAAAAUUUGCCAUAAUUUUCUUUUCAUUUCCCACUUUCUUUCUUCCCAACUAGACUUGGCUGCCGGGCUGGGCCGGUGUUCGGGCCGGGCCGGGCCAAAGCAAAAUUGAAACGGGCCGGGCCGACCUGUUCCGGGCCGCAACUUUCGGCCCGGGCCGGCCCGGCAAAAUUAAAAUUCUGAAUUUCAAAGUGAAAAGUUGGGCUGCCAAUAAAAUUAAAACGCAAAGCUAGGAAUGGGGUUUAUAUUUUUCUCACAGUAAGCAUAAUUUUAUAAAAAUAAAGCAAGGAAGUAUUCAAAAAUAGCUAAUAAUAAGUAAUUUUACUAGUAAAAUCUAUUAAGUACUAAUGUAUAUUAGUGUUUGUAGUAAUUUUUUGAACAAACACUCAAAAUAAACGUAACCAACAUCCUUAAAAACACAAUUAAGAAGUCGUGUGAAGCAACACUAUCAUCUGGAAGUUGAAAACCUUGAUAAACGUGGUUCCACCUUUGCUUCUAUAACAUUGAUCUUGGGGCAAUUUUUAGUAGUCUGAAAACGGAUCUCGGGAAUUUUUUGAUUAAUUUUAGAAAGGCAAUGCGUUGAUAAGUAAUUUUUUGCUUUAAAAAUGUACUGUUAGUUGUUAUAGUAAAGAAAAAUAUAUCACAUCUAAUAGCGAAUUAAGGUUUUUUACUUCUUCUCAAUUUUCGGGCCGGGCCGGCCCGAGAGCCAAGUCUAUUCCCAACCUAGUAUCAAAGUUUUCCGGGCCGGGCUUUCAAAAUUUUCCAAGCCCGGGCCAGGCUGGCCCGGUUUGCAUCCAUGCUUAUUUGCAACGGCAAGCCGCAGCUGGGACCAGAGAUUGCCACGGUCAAAAUUUUGGCUCCGGCUCUUGGCUCCGUGCAAAAUUUAAAUAGGCCUCCGGCUCCGAAUCCCGGCUCCUAUGCAAUAUGUUUUUUUUUAAAUAUUUUUCCAAAAGUAAAAGCUAUUAGUGCCAGAUAUCAUACAGCCAACUUUUUUGCAGUCAAGUCACAUCCUCCGCAGUGUUUUUUUCAAGCAAUUUGGUUUAACAAGAUCACGAAAUUUUUACUUUUACGACCGCUGGGAAGCCUGGCUCCGGCUUUGGGUUCGGGAGCCGGAGCCGACCCCAAAAUUUCCGGCUCUGGCUCCCGGCACGGAGCCGGAGCCGCUGAGAGCCGGAGCCAAGAGCCGGCUCCGGAGCCGUGGCAAUCUCUGGCUGGGACUUUGGUGCACGACUGCACCCCUUUUUUCGACGAGGCGAGACGUUUUGCUCCGACGACCCGCCGUUAUUUUCCCGACCGACUGAUAAAAAGUAGUCAGUAGUUGAAAAAAUAAAAUUAUUUAUGCCCCGGGACCCGGCAACCCAAGAUUUGCCUUGACCCCGUAAAGGCCACCUACGUUCCCACUCCGUACGUUCCCCGUAAGGGCGCCCCCCUAAGGGCAGUAACCCCCAUUACUUUAUAGAGACGUCGCACAAACUCAUUUGCUACGGAAUAAAGACAAACCUCCUGUCCUUCUGUAUGGGCUUGGCCACUACGCACAACUUCUUGAACUUCCAUCCACUACCAUCAAGGUCCAAAAAACGUCGCUCUCAUUCUUGGCCGAUAAACUGGCUGUUCAUGCUGAUGACUUUGAAGCGGACAGGGAGAGCCAGCUAUUUUCUUUAUUCAAAGAUCUUCGUCCUCCCUGUACAGAAACCCUCGAACAUCUUCCAAAUGUGAUUGACUUACAUCUUAGAGCACUUCCAGAAGCACGGCUGAAUGACGAUCGGCUUGCCGGGGAUGUGAAGCUGGAGUAGGGAGAAUUGCGUUUUAAUAAUCAGCUUUCAGAACCAAGCUUUUGGUUGUGAAGCUCUUGAGAUUGAGCUUGUCGGGCGAUUCGGUGAAAGAAUUGAUCGAGAAUUGUACUCUCAAAGGGGUCAGCGAUGAGAAUCUGGAGGAAGCACACGCUCUUCAAGCCAGGCUGGCCAUGAAUCUGACCUUACUUUCAAAGCAAGGAAUUAUUAACGCUUCAUCCGACUUUUCCGAAAUCCUUCGCGCCAUUGGUCAAGUAAGUGCCCAUGAAAUUUACAACUGCUGGUUUAGGACAUUAGGAAUGACAGGGAACGCCGUGAGAGCCGGUUGGUCCAAAUCAGAGAUCUCCAGAAUGUUCUCGGCUACAGUGAAAGGACCAAGAAAGAAAUGCAAGCACAAAUGGAACUGUUUGAGGCGUAUGAGAGCGGAUGUAUUAAGAGCAUUAUUGGAGGGUAUGCAAGAAGUUUGAGUUCGAGUAUUGUGUAUUUUAAGCAUCCCAUCGAUCUCACCGUCUCAACAGGAGAGUACAAAAGUGAAGAAGUUCAUUAAGAAGAAAGAAAAAGCUUUUGAGAAAAAGGAGGGAAUUCUCUUGAACGCAGAUAAACUUAUCCGCAAAAAACUUCUUUUUCUGGACGACCCUACAACACCUAAGCAGUGAGUUUUUGUGCUGUUCAUUUUCCAGGCGUUUCCCACUUUUUGGUUUAUUAUGAUGGCCGGUUAUCCUAGAUUUUCCAUAAAAUUCAUAGACUUUUGUUCGCGAAGCUUUCCGCACUGUGCAAUUGGAAUAUAAGGCUCGUGCAUUUCAUUGUCUGAAACUAGAGAGAAAAAGGGAUAUUCCCGGGUAAAUACCCGGAAUUUCGGGUAUCUAUAAAAUUGGCCUAAUCUUAGGUUUGUUUAUUCGUCAAUUUGAUGCGUCAGUCACGUUGUCAAAUUGCAGUCAUUUUUGCCAUGUCAAAUUGUUCUGUCAUUUCAAUUUCAAGUUGAACUAAGUUGCCCCUUCUUGGCAAAACGACGGAUGAAAUAAGCAGUAAAACUAGUUACGACUCAUAUGUAUAGACGGUAUUAUUCAUCGUAGUCCAUGUUAAACUCGCAUUUGAAUGCUUUCUAGUCAUAUCAAAAUUUACAAUUUAACCAAAGUGACGCAAGUGACGGCAAUUCGACGUCAGAUUGAAAAAAAUCGCCCAUCAUCGCUUUGCGACGGCUAGCCGCAGUAAAAGACGGAAAAGAUUGCUACACGCUUUCUGGACAUAAAUACUAGUACCUUGGAUCAUACUUAAUGUGUUGACUUUUAGGGUUUCUAAGUACUCGGUGAAGAUCUCGCCGACACAUAACGCAGGUCAUUACCAUAUCGAAUGCUUCCGGCAAGGAAAUUCGGAGGCUUCAAGGAUUGUUGACUUCGAGAAGUUGCUCCGCUUGGAGGACGAGGCUGAAGUUAGGAUUCCCUUCCAUGGCCCUGUGGUCUUUAAUUGCCCUGAACUCAGAAAAUUCAUCGACUCCAAAUUCCACUAUAAGAUUUGCUCUUCGUAA